CUUUCUGCUCAGCUACUUCCUUCGCGCAUGCGCACAUGGAGCAACAGACGGGCUACUAAACUGGUCAAACAGCGGGUGUAAAAAUGCAUAAGCUGAAGUCUUCGCAGAGGGACAAGGUACGGCAGUUCAUGUCCUUCACACAGGCUGGGGAGAAGACGGCCGUGUACUGCCUCACGCAAAAUGACUGGAAACUAGAAGUUGCGACAGACAACUAUUUUCAGAAUCCAGAGCUUUACUGUAAGGAAUCCAUGAAAACCUCGGUGGACCGGAAAAAGCUGGAACAGCUCUACAAUCGUUACAAAGAUCCCCAGGAUGAAAAUAAGAUCGGCAUUGACGGGAUCCAGCAGUUUUGUGACGACCUCUCGUUGGACCCGGCCAGCAUCACCGUGCUGGUCGUUGCGUGGAAGUUUCACGCCGCCACUCAGUGCGAAUUCACCAAGAAGGAGUUCAUGGAUGGAAUGACAGAACUGGGGUGCGACAGUCCAGAAAAACUGAAAGCCCUUUUGCCAAGAUUAGAGCAGGAGCUAAAAGACAGCGGGAAGUUCAAAGACUUCUACCAGUUCACUUUUAACUUUGCCAAAAAUCCUGGACAGAAAGGUCUCGAUUUGGAGAUGGCCGUAGCCUACUGGAACCUGGUUCUGUCAGGACGAUUUAAGUUCCUUGAUCUUUGGAAUAGAUUUCUUUUGGAACAUCAUAAACGAUCCAUCCCAAAGGACACGUGGAACUUAUUGUUGGACUUUGGUAACAUGAUUGCAGAUGACAUGUCUAACUAUGACGAGGAAGGUGCAUGGCCCGUCCUUAUAGAUGAUUUUGUGGAAUUCGCUCGACCAAUUGUUACAGGAUCCAAACGUAAAACUCUCUAAAUCCGAUCCCGACUCUGGAAAGCCAGAACAUUGUUUCUUUCACAGCGACAUCAUAGUUUUUUUUAAGACUCUGUACAAAAAAGAAAAGUGGAAAAAAAAACAAAAACUGUAGACUUCAGAAGAGAAAACAGAAGCACUUGAAGCCGUCUUUCAGGGAGCCGAGUUGAGAAACAAACUGGCCACAUUUUCGGUCUCCUUGAGACGGAGGCGCCGUACGGACAUCGCCAGUGUCUCAGCGUCCCGGAGGGGCCCCCUGCGCUCUGCUCUGGGAGGAGCGCCACAGCCUCACCACCGGGCCGACGAGGACACGGCACCGACACGAGGUUCACCCGCUGUGCGUUCUUUAAACGGACAGGACAGAAGAGAGCUGUGUGUUUUAAGAUUCUUCCAGGUCAUCUUUGUUUUGGUAUAUGAAGCUCUGUGUGACUGUGCAAACAUCCCAUGUCUUAACUCCAGCUUUGGGACAAGAGUGCUCGCGACACCAGCACCAACAGAACUGUUGCAGUUUUUAACUGUACAUACUGUAUCUAAUGGGACAGAUGACAAAGAGAGCUAUAAGAAGAAUAAUAUAAUUAUGUUCAAUUUAUAAAAUGCAAAAAGAUGAUUGUUUUAUGUACAGUAAAAUGCUCAGAUCUCUAAACGGUGAUGCCUCAAUAUUAUGGAUAAUAAUGCUGUUGGUUUAGUUGUUCGGUGGAUGUCCAGUCAUGGAGUUGUGAGCUCAUUGAAAGCAUGUUCUAAAAUCAUUUUACGUCACCUCGGGCUGGUUUCAGAAAUAAAGUUUCACUAAAGUAAAGGCCGUGCUUUAAUUUAGAUAACUGAUACUCGCUCAUUUGUCUGGAUACUUUCGGUUCUGAGUGGUUGUACGUAGGCAUGGGCCGGCUGUCGAGGCGUAACCAAGGUUCUGAAACGUUUCGGGUUCAAAACUUUAUGUCUGCAAUUUAUUUAUUAUUAUUUAAAGACAUUUGAGGUGCCAGAAAAAGUGCUCAAGUGAGGAGUUUUCUCCAGGUGUGUCCAACACAGAUUAAUGCAGACCGACCCCUCUCCUACCUGUUGCUGAACACUACUUAACAACUGGCUAAAAAAUGAAAAACAAAUCUGUUCCUUAUUUCUAAUGCUUAUAAAGACUAAUUCUACUGUUUUGAAGUAUUUGUACAAAUAUAUAUAUAUAUAUACAUAUAUAUAUAUAUAUAUAUAUAUAUAUAUAUAUAUAUAGCGCACACAUUGCAUUGUAGUGCAGCCCCUCCCCCACCUUUUUCUGGGCAAAUUGUGCAUCAUCUAGCUAAAACAAAAAAAGGCUGCUGCAUUUUUCUCAUGCUUUACAAAAAGCAUGAUUUGACCAUUUGCAAAUAUUUCUGGUCUUGAAAAAUGUAAAGUAAUGCGGUCAUUGGCCAUGCUCGUCACUCCACAAUGUUACUGCAUACUGCUGGUCAGCUGGCUGAAAAAAUUUUGCUUUUUUUUUUUUUUUUUUUUUAUCUUACAGAAAAAUACUAAUUUAUAUGGCAAAAGUUUGGGUUGCAAAUAACAUAUUUGGUGUAAAGUAAAGCCGCCUUGUCCCUCCCAAGUCUGUUGCUGAGCACUGCUGGUCAGUCGGCUAAAAAAAUUAAACCACAUUUUAUUCAUGCUGACAAGAAUACCAAUUUGACUUUUAAAAAUACAACUGGUAAACAUUGCAAGGAUUGUUUGGAAUAAAAGCAAGUUAAACCAUCAAAAAAAUGUAUUUUUAAAUCUGUGCUUACACCUUUAUGACUUCACCCAAUAAAAAAAAUAAUACUGUGAGUAUCCCAUACCGGCCCAUGCCUAGUUGUAAAUAUAAUGUAGUCGAAUUUUUUCACUGUUUCUUUAAGAAAAACUGAAAUCAGUCUAGAAGACAUCUUUCUUUAUGAUUAUUUUUAACAGACAACCCCCUCGGCAGUCUUUGUGUCACUCCAAAACCUAAUUUUCAAACUUUACAGUUAAGAAACGCUCAACCUGUAGGAUUGCAUGGCAUAAAUCUGUGUGUUUUGGCAGCGAGAAGUUGUUUUUUCUUUUGUUUUGUUUUUUAUUCUUCAGAAGUUGAGAAAGCGACGACAGGACAACAGAGUAAGCCUUAAGAGUAAAUGCCUGUCUGAUAUUUCUGUACCUGUCCCACCCAAUCCGUUUCAGUGUUACUGCAGGUAGUGAACAUCAGACUGUGUUGUCGAUGCAUCGUUUUUGUAGCCUAAGUAUAUCGCUCAUCUGAGAGAGAAGUAUAAAGCAUGAGUUUUUCCAUAAUCCUAGAUGUAUUUAGCUUAUUUGUUUGAUGAGACUGAUCAUGGAAAUGUCCCAGAAUACAGCUGUGCAGCAAAGUAUAAAGCAGAAAUAUGGUGAUGCAGUUGUGAAAAGUAUUAAAUUUUUUUAAAAAUUAUUAUUA